AUGGCUGAUGCCGGAGCCUCCCAGACACACGGCCCAGGGUCCUCCCAACAGCCUCCAAUGACGCCCGCCGCACCUCAGAUUCCCGCUCCAGCAACACCUGGACAGGUUCCCCUCAUGAAUGCACCCGCGCCUCUCCUUCGUCCUGCCCUGCCCGGCAGUCGCCCCGGCGGCUCUCGAACCCCGCGACUCGGCCUCGCCAUCCCGCCCUCCCCCAGCGUCAAACCUGUCUCUCAAGGUGGUCAACCGGCUCCCAACCGACCACCCCUUCCAACCAUGAAUCUCGCUACACCCAUGGGCAGCUACGUUACACCCUACGAACAAACCCCGAGGUCCAACAACUGCGCUCAGCCUGGACAAUCUGCAGGUGCCGGCAGCGAAAGUAGUGCCGCUCACUCGAGGUCCGGUAGCUUUGGUCCACUAGAUGGCAGGAACAGCAACCCUACGUCUGCCGGUUCUCAGUUCUCCGCCCUCUCCUUUGCGUCGCAGCUAUCACAGUUUGGUAUUCCUGUUGGCCGUGCCCAGGGUACUCCCGAUCCCAUCUCCGCAGUCGGCUCCAUGUACUCGGAAAGAAGCGAAGGCGGCGCCAACAUGGAGAGAGAAGGCAGUUUGCAAGGCCUUGAGGCUUUCGAUAAACUCAGCCUCGAGAAGGCUAGGGCUGCAGACGUCGAAGAUCUCGAUGACGAAGGCUGGAGAAUCGCCAGCAUGGAAAGACGCAUAGUCGAAAUUGGAAAUCUCGGUGAAGGUGCCGGCGGCGCAGUCACGAGGUGCAUGCUGAAGGGCGGUAAAACCGUGUUCGCUCUAAAGGUCAUUACCACAAAUCCGGAUCCCGAUGUCAAGAAGCAGAUCGUCCGCGAGUUGGGUUUCAACAAAGAAUGCGCUUCGGACCACAUCUGCCGCUACUUUGGUGCAUUUGUCGACCCUUCAACUGCCACAAUCUCCAUUGCCAUGGAGUUCUGUGAGGGCGGCUCACUAGACAGCAUUUACAAAGAGGUUAAGCGUCUCGGCGGACGAACAGGAGAAAAGGUUCUUGGCAAGAUUGCCGAAGGUGUCCUUGGCGGUCUGACGUACUUGCACACACGUCGCAUCAUCCACCGCGAUAUCAAGCCCUCAAAUAUCCUUUUGUGCCGCGACGGCUCUGUCAAGCUUUGCGACUUUGGUGUGUCUGGCGAUUUUGGCACCAAAGGUGAAGCCAACACCUUCAUCGGCACCAGCUACUACAUGGCACCAGAGCGUAUUACGGGGCAAUCAUACACCAUUACAUCGGACGUCUGGUCAACCGGUGUGACCUUGCUCGAAGUUGCUCAGCACCGUUUCCCAUUUCCGGCAGAUGGCACUGAGAUGCAGCCACGUGCUGGUCUGAUUGACUUGCUCACCUACAUCGUGCGACAGCCCGUGCCAAAGCUCAAAGAUGAGCCUGAGAUGGAUGUCUACUGGAGUGACAACUUCAAGUACUUCAUUGAGUGCUGCCUGGAAAAACAACCUAAUCGCCGUGCAAGCCCCUGGAAAAUGCUGGAGCACCCCUGGAUGGUUGAGAUGAAGCCAAAGAGGGUCAAUAUGGUCAAGUACUUGUCCUUUGUCUGGGGCUGGGACAAUGAAGCCCCAUCUCAUGCUGCCUAA